AUAGCAGCUGUUGUUUGGACACGGAUUUGAUUGUAGUACCUUGAGGAAUGUUGAAAUCCGCCCCGUGCUGCUGCUGAAAGAAUGUUUUUACUUGUCAUUUUGCAAUGCUUUGAGCAGGGUUUUAAUUUUUUUUAACCGUAAGCAUUUUUAACGGUGCGCAUUUUGAUUUUGCGCAGCGCCAGGCUCCUUGCUCUCUCUGCCUCUUAUGAGUCUGCCCUACAUUUGACUUUUGGACCAGUUUGCAGUUUGCACAGUGAUCCGCACUCCGGCGCACAGUUACGUCGCAUGCGUAAAAGCCGCCGCGCUGUGCGCUUGGAAAUGCGCGAUUGCGCACGGUGCGGGUCUCGAAAAUGGACCUAAAAUCUGAGCUCCUCAAAUCGAUCUGGUACGCCUUCACAUCGCUGGACGUGGAGAAGUGCGGCAAAGUGUCUAAAUCGCAGCUGAAGGUGCUGUCUCACAACCUGUACACAGUGCUGAACAUCCCGCACGACCCCGUAACCCUGGAGGAGCACUUCCGGGAUGAUGAUGAUGGGCCGGUGUCUAAUAACGGCUACAUGCCCUACCUCAACAAAUACAUACUGGACAAGGUAGAACUGGGGAUGUUCGACAAGGAGAAGUUUGAUGAUCUGUGCUGGACGAUGACUAUGAAGAAGAACUACAAGAGUGUAACAAAGGGGGCCCUGGUGUCCGAGAGAGACAGCUUCAAACUCUUCUGUUUAUUUAACCUGCUGUCUGAGGACUGCUACCCGCUGGUGAUGAUCCCCGAGGAGGUGGAGUAUCUCCUGAAGAAAAUCUCCACUGCAAUGAACCAGGAAUGGGAUGGUAAACCCUUGGAAGAUUUAAUAUCCCAGGACGUCACACUGCUGGAAGAGGGCAUGUCUUUAUGGGUCUUCCUAGAGCACAUGAGUGAAGGCCGGCUCCUUACCAUCCCAAGUACCGAGGCUUUCAGCUUGGCGUUGGACGAGGUCUUUCUGGAAAUGUACCACAAUGUCCUUAAAAGAGGUUAUAUGUGGAAAAAGGGGCAUGUGCGUCGGAACUGGACUGAGCGUUGGUUUGUGCUUAAGCCCUCCUCUAUGGCUUACUACAUCAGCGAGAAUUUAAAAGACAAGAAGGGGGAGAUCCAGCUGGAUAAGAGCUUCGUCAUGGAGUCACUUCCAGACAGGGAGGGGAAACGCUGCUUGUUCUAUGUAAAAACCUACAAUAAAACCUAUGAGAUGAGUGCCUCAGACCAAAGACAGAAGGUGGAGUGGAUCCAAGCCCUUCAAACGUCCCUGCGUCUCCUUAGUGAAGGGAAGUCCUCUCUUCACUACGAACUCAAACUAAAGAGGAGGGUUCAGCGGGAGCACAGCCAGCGAGAACGCUUCCGAAGCCCCCGGAGCAGCUGCAGCAGCCAAUCGGAUGAUUCCAAUAUCCAGGAGAUUGAGAAGACGGAGAAAGAGAAAGACAAACAAGAUCAAGAGAUAGAAAUUAUCAUUCAGCAUGCGAAGGAACUGGAAACCCAACGAAGGGAGGCGGAAGAGAGAGAGAGGAGGAAACAGAUGGAGGUGCAGAAGGACCUGGAGAGACAGCUGAAAGAGGCAGAGAUGUUGAGAGACAGCAUGCAGGUGGAGAUGCAGGAGAAGGAAAAGGAGGCUGAAAAGCACAAGAGAAGGAUUGAGGAGCUGGAGCUGACGCAGCAGCAACUGGAGGCAGCGCUCAACACGGAGAUCCAGGCACGGCUGGAGGAGGAAAAGGCCAGACAAGAGCUGCAGAAGUUGCUGCAGGCUGAAGAAGAGAAGAAGAAGCAGUUCCAUCAACUCCAGGAGCAGCAGAGAGCCUUGCAAAGCCAAGGCACCAUCGAGGAGGCGUCAGACAGCGGUACGGAGGAAGAUGCCCCAUCAGCCCUCUACUCGGCCUCUCAGGAGCUCCAGGAUCUGCGUGCAUCUCGCCAGAGGAGCCACCAGCAUCUGGAGAAGCUACAGGAGAAGCUGAGGAACGCCAGCCAACAUGUACAGCACUGGAACAUCCAGCUGAAUCGCCUGAUGACACCCAUCACUCCUGCAGAGCGUUUGGAUUAUCGCCUCUUAACAAAAUCAGUGUGUCCCAAACAAGAAGGAGCGCUGGCCAGCAAUGAGUUCAUCUCUAAAUUCAAGACAGGAACUGAUUAAGGCAACCAAAUACCGGCAGACACAGAGAGACUCGAGGAGCAGCUGUGGGCUGCAAACUUGUUGUCACAAUCAUAACAAUCA